CAAGACGGGGCGAGGGGAUGAGAAACCUUGUCUACAAAUAGCUUUUCUUCUGUUCUUUGGUUUCUUUUUCUUUUACACAGUGAUGGACUGUUGUUGGGAAGUCUGACUGCAUACGCUGCACUGAGGACGGGCCCCGUUGAGGACCUGGUUAACUGAGCUGAUGGAGCAGAGUGAUGGACCGAGUCACCCAACGGAGGAGAAUGGUGCCCAGCCGCAGCCACGGACCAGGUGGUCCAAUGGUCAGUGUGUGUUGGCAGUGCCAAGCUAUUCACCGCUAAACCCCAGCUUUGAUUUACCCCUCUCCCGGGCUGUACUGGAGAGGAAUGGUUUCCAGGUUCCAGAAAGUGAUUUUGAGGCUCCUCUGAAAACAGCUCUGGAUGUUCCCUCAGUCCGGAGAUAUAUUUUCUUCAACUCGGCCUUCUUCCAUUUCAUCAUGGCACCAGUGUUGUAUAUGGUGAUCUGGUGUGCUGUGUUCUCCACCCUCCAUCAUCACAUGACUGUCACCGACUACUGGGUCCUCUGUCUGUCUGUCAGCCUGGUGUCCAUCUUCCUCACCAUCGCUGUCAUUUUUGUCCUCCACCAUAGUAACAAAGAGAUCAACGUGAACAUUGACGUUCGGCUGAUCCAGGUGAAUGAGAGGCUGGUCAGACACAAGCUGCUGGUGGGCAUGGCCGACUGGGUGCAGAACUGCACCGGGACCCUGCAGCUGUUUUGCGUGUACUGGGACAUUGGCCGCUGUUUAAGGGCACUGACUGAAACUCUAGAGGGGAGAAGCUUUGUGACCAAUGAGACGCAGAAAAAGAUGAAGGAGAGAAUGUCCCAUCUUGUCCUCACGUCGGAGGUGACUUCUGCGGAUGCUCAGGCCGGUGGGUCAGGGGUCACAGAGAGCCGUGAUGAAGAGAGACCUCUGUUGCUGGAUAAUGGAGACACCUGGCACAGUAUCUCAUCCAGCCAGCGGGAGGACACCAAAGUCACCACUAACUACAGUCUUGUACCUGACCCAACGCUGACCGCUCAGGCUACAGCUCACCAACUCCUGAUGACCUACAGUGCGGCCUAUAUUAAACUGCUGAUGUCUGAGAGGUUGUCAGGCCCGUCACACCACCACCUACGGGCCCGGAGGAAUCACUGCAGCACCGCGUCCCUCUGUCUCUGCCAUUACAUCAAAGCCAAGAUCCUCCGAUAGCUUGACACAGUGACACUGGGAGAUUACCUUUUGUAACUCCUUAUUUAUUUAGGCAAAGGUAUGUUUUGUUUUGUUUAGCUUUUAUGCCCCUUAUCAGAAUCACCCUGUUCAUGUUGGUGGCACACGUUUUCACCUAGUAGCUCUCUUAUGCGACAACAAUCUUCCACCGUUGGCAACCGAGCAGCUGCAGCGGAGGAGCAAAUGCCAUUUCAACUCUUUGCAGGAAGGUACCUUGACGGCUGCUGUUAAAAGGGGAGAACGUUUUGUUGGUUGAUUGAGUGCACACACACACACACACACACUGCACUCCACUCAGACAAAAGGUUUGUUCCAGUUUGAUCCUGUGCCCUUGUGUAAUGCUUCUGUCGAACAAAACAGUAUGUGCGCUCUUGUGUACGUGGCAAUCACUGCUAUUGAGCUUAUUUGUACCAACAACAAAUGUAGACUGAAUUGUUCCCAUUUCUAAUUUCAAUGUGUUUCUAUGUGUUUUUAUAGUGCAUUGAUCAGUAAAUUUUGGGGAACAUUCUUUAAAAAUAAAAUGUUUAGACCCUC